GUUUGUUACGUAUUCUGAUAUAAUAUAGUGCACUCUCUGAGCUCACACAAAAAUACCUCGCUACCCUCAUGGCACAAGGAAUCAGCAAUGACAACGAUGACAAACUUGCUCAAUUGCUGAGCCUUGGUUUCGACAUUGACAUAUGCAGAGCAGCGCUUGCACGAAAUGACUCAGUCCAGGCGGCAACAGAUUGGAUUCUGGGUGGUAAUGAGGCAGCAGCGUCCAGUGCAAGAGGGCCCGUGCUGUCGCUUCAGCCAGAAUCAUUACCGGCAGCUUUACAGCAACAGCAACAGCACGAACAGGAGCAACAACCCCUAUCAGCACCAAGCGUGACUCGCCGGCAAGAACGGCAGCUGCAGCAAUCUGCUACAAGUCGACAGGCUGAUGACGGUGCAGCAGAAGCGGCCCGUAUGCGAGAACAGUCGCUAAAAAUGUCCAAAGAGGCUAAACAACAAAAGAAGCGCGAUAAAGAGGCUCGUGAACGAGCUUUGGCACACAUCAAAGAAGACAGAGAACGCCAAAAGCUCUUGAAAGGAACACAUGCUACGGCAGCUACUGGCAACGAAAGCUCUACUGGCGCUGGUGCAGCUAAUACCGAACAACACCGCUUGGGGCAGCAAAAAGCAGCGACCGAAUAUGAAAAAACUCAACAAGAAAUAAAGAAGCAAAGACGAUUAGAUCGAGAGGCAAAGAACAGGACAUUGAGAGAAAUACAGGAAGACCGCGAGAAUAUGAGGCGUCGUCAUAUCAAUGCCAACAAACCGUCAACAGUAGCAGGAACAACCACAAGAGCUUCUUCCUUAGAAGCACCCACAAAAAAGCCAGCGGUACAGUCUAAUAGGGAUUUUGCUCUGGUCCAGUUCAAGUUAAGGGAUGGAUCAACUGUGCGUCAACAAUUUCAAGCCAGCGCGCAGCUCUUUGAGCUGUAUGCAUUUGCAAGAGAAAAGGAGAACAGUGCCGGAAAGGCACCUCUAGGGAAUGGGCGGCUGCGGCUAAUCUCGGCGUUCCCGAAACGCGAAUUUACGGAGGACGAGGGGUUAAUGACCGUACAAGAUGCAGGUUUUGUUCCGAACGUCUCCUUGAACGUUGUCCUUCUGCAUCUGGCGGAACAAGAUCCAAACAAUAAUCCUCCUGGAUCCAGGGACCAGGAUAACGAUGCUGAAAUGCAGGAUGCACAAAGUGGAGGAGGAUCAGGUGAAGGGCAAGAAAGCUAUGAUGCUGCUACCGUCGGUGACUAUGGACACGGUCAUCAUCAUGCGGAUCAAGUUGCUGAUGUAGAUACAAUGGACCACAAUCUUGCGGAAGGAGGAAAUAGUGAUAACAGUGACGACGGCGACGAAGAAAUGCCAAACGCGUUCAAUAAUCAACCUGCUAUCAAUCCACACCGACCACCCACGCAUAAUUUACCUUUUACUCGACGAGGAAGAUUGACGAAUCCAAACUGGAACUGGGGUACCCAGGGACAUCGACUUGCGGAUGAUGACGCAGCUGCAGUAUCAGACGCAGAUGAACAUCAACAAAUUGAAGGGGGACAACAGUCGAAUGAACCCGUGCGUCGUCAGAAUAUGUUGUUGGCGAUCGAACGGCGCGGUGCAGCAGCAGCGGCAGCAGCUUCACAACAACAGCAACAUGCACGUGGAAAGGCUCGCAAUAUCCGUUCGUUGAGAGAUACAUGUGCUGUAUCUGUUGCAGUGCUAUUGAUUCAACCAACCCUUGAGGCGCAAACUCGGCUAAAGAAUCUCUUGUAUGCUUCACCCAAAGUAGCUGAGCUUUUACUGGCCCAACUGAUUGAAUCACGAAAGCUGGAAAGAUCGUCAAUGAAAAGAUUGGCAGACCACUGCUAUCUGCAGAAUGUUUGCCUUGAUUCGUAUGUUUAUGCAACAGACUCCCUUCUGCAAGAGCUCAGCUUAUCCCAUUCUUCAACUACGGUCGCCAAAUUGAGCCUAAAGGGAUGUGAUGUGAUCACCGAUUCUGGUAUACGCUAUAUCGAAGGCUUAAAAAACCUGGAGUACUUGGAUGCGAGCAACUGCAAGGUUACUGACAAAGGCAUACGAAGCUUAACAGGAUUGUCUCAGCUGCGAUACCUUAACUUAUCAAAAACCAAGAUCACGGACGCCGGACUGCAGCCUUUAGUGGCAAACGCACAUUUCAAAGACAACCUUGAGUUUCUUUUGCUGGAUGGAUGUCAUGGAAUAAAGUCAAGUGAUACGCUGAUGAUGAUAAAUGAUGCAUUUUAUGGCCUAGUGUCACUUGGGCUAGCGUCAACACGAAUCGGGCGACAGACGGUUGUAACACGGCCCCAAUUAGCGAGUCUGCAGUCUCUGGAUGUGAGCAACACUAGUUUAACAGAUGAAGAUGCUAUCCAAACGAUAUGCUCAUACAAGGAAUUGCGUGAGCUCAAAUUAUCUGGAUGCAGUCAGAUUUCGCUACGAGGACUUGGUUGUUUCGCCAGAGACUUGCACAACUUAGAAGUGAUACAGUUUCCUAGCCGUGAACAGGAACUGGACGGCGUGUUGGCGAGAUAUGCGGCACUGCCCCUGCGUCACUUGGAUCUGACAAGUUUUCAAGUUACGGAUGAGGGGGCAGACUCUAUCGCCAGGAUGAAGAAGCUGCAAUAUUUGAGUUUGGAUGGCACAAAGAUCACAGAUGAAGGCGUUUCCAAGUUUUCUGGAUUGACCGACUUGAGAAAGCUAUUUCUUGAUCGCACGCUUGUGUCUGACGAAGGUGUAUCCCAGCUCAUAGGCCUUACCAAAUUGGACACCCUGUCCCUGAGCCGAACACAAGUGAGCAAUACGCUUCUGAUCUUGUUGGGCGACUUUGAAAAGACUGGAUUUACGCGGUGUUUGCGAACAUUGAAUCUAGCCCAGUGCCAGAAUGUUUCCGAUCGUGGUGUUCGCGGGCUUGGAGGCAUGGUAAACCUUAAGAACAUUAAUUUGGACCAUACGCAUGUUAGCAAGCAAUGUCUUCGUCAUUUGCAGAAUCUGGAGCACCUCAAACUAGUGCGACUGCUGGGAAUCGAGCGCGACGAGGAUGAAGAGGAAGCACAGCUUGUGUGACAAGAACACAUUUCGGGGUGUUGUUGCACCGUGUAUGUGCACAUGUAGUAGUAUAUAGUAGUGUAUUGUGCUAUUUUGUAUAUGUUUGCUGCUGCUGUCGUGUGUGGUUCCUUGCUAUAGCAAACUGAAAUUCCCGCUUUCCCCUCCUGGGCCCCCACUGUUCUUACUCCUCCCC